GGGGGCGGUACCGCGCGGGAGCAAGCGCGUGGCGCCGCGCUCGUGCGGCAGAAGAAGCGCGGAUCAUGGCGGCGCCCUGUGCCGACGCCGCGUCCUCCUGGCAGAACCCGCGCGCGGCGGCGCUCGGAUCCGGACUGUGACCGCGCCAUGUGGGGGAGCGGGAGGGCCGCGGGGGCGCUCCUGGGCGCGCUCCCGGGGGCCGCGCUCCAGCGCAGGCUCUCCUCCGGCGGACCCCCGUGGAGGCUCCUGUUCUUCGGGACCGACCAGUUCGCCGUGGAGUCCCUGAGGGCCCUCACCUGCAGCAGGAGCUCUGGAGCGGGGCUGGUGCGGAGCGUGGAGGUGGUGACCCUGCCCGGUGACGUCCCGGUGAGGAGGUUCGCGCGCCAGAACCGGCUGACCGUCCACAGCUGGCCCCCGGAGCUGGCGCGGGGCCGCUUCGAUGUGGGCGUGGUCGUGUCCUUCGGCUGUCUGCUGCAGGAGAGCCUCAUCCAGCAGUUCCCGCAUGGGAUUUUGAACGUCCACCCCAGCCUGCUGCCCCGGUGGAGAGGCCCCGCCCCCAUCUUCCACACCAUCCUGCAGGGGGACGCCGUGACGGGGGUCACCAUCAUCCAGAUCCUUCCCCACAAGUUUGACGUCGGUCCCAUUCUCAACCAGGAGCUCCACCCCGUCCCAGACGGCUGCUCGGCCGACGAGCUCGGAGCUUCUCUGGCCUCCAAAGGAGCUCAGCUGCUUCUGGACACUCUGAAGACUCUCCCUGAGAGGAUAGCUGCCAAACGGGAGCAGGGACAGGACGGCGCCACCUUCGCUCCCAAGAUCAGCGCCGCCAUGAGCUGGGUGGUGUGGGAGGAGCAGACCUGUGAGCAGAUCGCUCGGCUGCACCGAGCCAUCGGAUGGCGGAUCCCCCUGAGGACCCUGUGGAUGGGCCAGACCGUGAAGCUCCUGGAGUUCGCAGGACAGCGUCCUCUGUCAGGUCAGAUGGAGAACGCCGUUCCUGGAAGCGUGCACUUCAAGAAGGAGUCCGGCGCCCUGGCGGUCCGCUGUAAGGAUGGUUGGGUUCUGUUCAAGGCCGUGCUUCUGAAGAAAAGACUGACGGCUACGGACUUCCAUAACGGCUACCUGCACCAGACGCUGAAGAAGGACACGCCCCACGGGGCGACGGAGGGGCGGUUCAUCAGCAGCAGAGGGGGAGGAGCUAAAGGAGCUCGGAGGAGAACAAAGUCCACGCCGAUUUAGACUCUCCUCUGGUGGACUGUAGAAAGACCGGAGGGACUUUUGGUUCUUCAUGUAGAGAUUUGAUCUGAAGGAUCUCUGAGUUUGUGUCUCUCUGACUCUCAGUUCACAGCCUGGAUCUUUAGGAUCUGUACAUCUACUGAAUCUGUAGGAUCUACUGGUUCUGCUGGAUCUACUGGAUCUGCUGCAUCCUGGAGAUCCAGUCCUACUGGUGUGGAUCCACUGCUUUGACAUUCUGAUGGAGGGAACAUGCUAGGUGUGCAACGGAUCACAUCUGAUCUGCAACGGAUCACAUCUGAUCUGCAACGGAUCACGUCUGAUCUGCAACGGAUCACGUCUGAUCUGCGACGGAUCACAUCUGAUCUGCAACGGAUCACGUCUGAUCUGUGACGGAUCUCGUCUGAUCUGUGACGGAUCUCGUCUGAUCCGUACGGAUCGGUGGACGCGGUUCAGCACAUGUAGUGCAGAUCAGCCCCUCCCCCAUACUUGAUUUUUAACUCCUGUCCGUUCACGCCGAAUGUGAUCAACAUGACAGCGUCGCUGCUCGCCGCUUGUCAGGAAGUGUGUUUGUAACCCAGGCGCUCUCAUCGCGUGUGGGAGGAGCUUCCAUUUCAAGAUUUUCUUGAUCUCAUCUUUAAGGAGGCGGAUGAUGAAGAGCUGUACAAAAACACGGUGAGCCGUGCACGUGUCCGGGGUCAUCACCUCAGUCUUUCUGCCGGCGUCCUGGUGUCACCGCAGUGGAGAACGUCGCUGGUCAUCUGAGCGUCUUUCUGUGACCGUCGCGGCGUUCUCCACAGCAGGAGACCCUCUGCUUCUCUUACUUUCUUUUUCAAAUAUACUUAGUUUUUUUCUGGCUGCAUCCCCCAGAAUGCACUUUGUUUUUAUGGGCAUGGAGAGAGCUUUUGAUGGUCGAAGAUGUCCUGAAUGUUCGGUUUCAACAGAUAGACCUCAAUGAGCAAAAAUGUUUGAUUAAACUUAUUUUCUUCAAGCUUU